AUGCCUACUAGAUUAACUAAAACCAGAAAACACAGAGGUAACGUUUCUGCCGGUAAGGGUAGAAUUGGUAAACACAGAAAGCACCCGGGUGGUAGAGGUAAAGCUGGUGGUCAACAUCAUCACAGAACCAACUUGGAUAAAUACCAUCCAGGUUACUUCGGUAAAGUUGGUAUGAGAUACUUCCACAAACAACAAAACCACUUCUGGAGACCAGAAAUCAACUUGGACAAAUUGUGGACUUUGGUUGAUGCCGACAAGAAAGAAGAAUACUUGACCAAAUCUUCUGCUUCUGCUGCCCCAGUCAUUGACACCUUGGCUCACGGUUACGGUAAAGUUUUGGGUAAAGGUAGAUUACCAGAAGUUCCAGUCAUUGUCAAAGCCAGAUUUGUUUCUAAAUUAGCUGAAGAAAAAAUCAGAGCUGUUGGUGGUGUUGUUGAAUUGGUUGCUUAA